CUCUAAAUUAUUGUCAAGAAGAUUUUUACUCAAAAUUUCUUUUAUAGCUUCUCAUCCAAAGUCAAAAUUGCAGCAGAUAAUCAUCUCAACAUUACCAAUUAUAGAUUUCAUCCAAACUAGAAAUUGGUUUCACCUGUUUGUGUAAGCGAUUUUCAAUAACAGCAUAGGCUGAAAGAGAGAACAUGACACCCUUGCUCAUCCAAAUUCAAAGGUGGAUGAUGCAUACAAAGGUGUGGACAUUUAUUGGAAUUGCAUCAGCUAUUGUUGGAUUGCUUUGUUAUGCUCUAAGUUCUUCCUUCAACCAUCUAUUUGGAAAUUGGAAUUUGGUGAAAAUAUUUCUUUACACCAUUUUCAGUUUCAUCAUUUGUCUAAUUGUUUUGUUUGCAAGAACAUGGCGAGACUCAAGAAGCCUUCGGUUCAAAGCUCAUUCAGCAUUUCUGGUAUUGGUAAUUACCUCUAUCUAUUCUUUUUUCUCUGAUAAAGUUAUGAAUGGAAAACCAGAUGCUUAUAGUUCGAUUUCAUAUGCUUCCUUUGCUCUCAUGUCACUCAGUUUAUCAAGGCAAAUUCAGUGUGGAUUUGAAGUGGAUCUUAUGUACUUUUAUCUAGGAUGUUUAAUCGUACAACUCAUGAAGUUUAAUUUAUUGUUAGCUAUUGUUGGAGUCUGUUACAGCUACUGUCUUGUCAUUCUUCGUUCUUCCUUCACUUCCUUAAGUGCUACGUCAGAAAAUCAGUCUCUUGAACUCGAAGAACAACGUAUAGUUAUUCGAGUUGAUUCACAACAACAUGAAAAUAUCAAUUGUGGUAGCAAUAGCAAUAUCAUGCAACAGUUUAUGACUUGUAUGGAUGAGGUUAAGCAGAAUAAUUCAAACAUUGCCAAGAUGCUUUUAGAGAAGGUGAAAGGUAACUAUAAACUGGUGGCAACUGAUCACAACUUCAUAAUUGACGCCAUUGAAAUUGAAACAAUCAAUCACCUUCGCGAAAGUGUUAAAACAAUGGUAGAUGCUGGGUUUGAGAAGGUGUGUUCCGACUUGUACAUUAAUAUGCGUAAAGAAUGGUUGGAAAGUUUAUUGAUAAAUAAAUUAUUAGGAUUGGGAAAGAUGGGAUUUCAAGAUUAUAUGAUUGGAAGAUGGAUUAAAGUUUUCAAGGUAGCUCUUAGAAUACUAUUUCCUAGUGAGCGACGACUCUAUGAUCUUGUCUUCUCGGAAUCAACCUCUAUACCAUCCGAUAUCUAUUUCACUAAGGUUUGUCAUGGAGCAACAAUAGAACUGUUGAAUUUUGCUGAUUUGUUUGCAAAUAGAAUCGCCUCAGCGUGGCGUUUGUUUAAAAUCCUUGACUUGUUUGAGACGCUAAGUGAUUUGAUUCCCGAAUUUGAAUCAUUGUUUACUGAUUCAUUGGUGAAUGAAGCAAUAAAAUUAAGGAACAAAUUGGGUGAAGUAAGUAGAGACAUUUUCAUGGAGUUUGGGAACCUGAUCUUUCUUACGCCAGUUGGGGAGUUAGAUUGUUGGGUUGAUGGUGGGGUUCAUCCAAUGACAUGUGAGGCUACUGGCUACAUCCUUAUGGCUUUCUGGUCAAGAAAGAACCUGGAGCAAGUUUUACGAGAAUACUCCGUGGUUGUUGCUGAUGGAACGAGAACAUCUUUGUUCUAUACGCGGAUGGAACGGAUAAUGGAGCAGUUUGAGAGAAACUUGGAAGCCAAGUCACAAAUUUAUGAGGAUCAUGCUUUGCGUUAUUUUUUCAUGAUGAAUAAUAUUAGUCAGGUUGAGUACUUAUUGGAAACCUUUUGGGAUGAUAGAUUUUGCAAAAACACGAGGCAAUACUUGGAACUCUAUUGUAAAAGUUCAUGGAAUAAGGUAAUAGACUUUUUGAAGAUGGAUAUCAAUGAGUCAUUGGCCCCGAAUUCUAAAGCAGAUUUAACGAAAGAGAAGCUCAAUUUGUUCAAUCAAAAGUUGAAGGAGAUGUGUGGAAUUCAGUCUAAAUGGCGUGUUUUUAACAAGCAGCUAAAGAAGCAAAUAAUAGUUUAUGUGGAAAACAUGUUGUUGCCGGCUUAUGAAAACUUCAUUGAAGAAUUUGAGAAUGUUGUUGGUGAAAAUGCCGACGAGUAUACCAUGUAUGGAGUGUCUGACAUUCAAGAUGAGCUCAAUAAUUUGUUUCUGUUACAGGAUGUUGAGUCUGUCAGAGGACCGGUUAGUAAUCAGAUAGUUAGUCAGUAAGGGUUGUAAGGGUUGGUUAGUGUUAGUCAUGGCAUGAGAACUUUUUCAUCACCACAAAAUUGUUCUAGGAGUUUUGUGCUCUAUAUAUCACUGUAAAUAUGUUUUAUAUUCAGGUGUCAUAAAGGUUUGUUUGUUUGAUACCGAAGCAGUGAAGCUUGUGGAGUUUGCACGGUA